UGGACUCACAAGAUUCACGUUUCACUACACCACCACCUGAUUAUGGUAACCUUUAUGACGCAGAUACUCCACCGUCUGCGCAGCCUCGCUCUCCUCCUCUCUCUCUCCCUGAUUCGCAAAAGACUACGCAGUCAUGGGACUCCUAUAAUGGCCCUAGGCCUCGAAUGAACGAAUCACAGCAAACUAUGCAAUCUCAAAUCUCACGUGACGAUUAUCGUCCCGUAACUCCAGAACUCCUUAUACAUUCUCAGCUUUUACCAGACUCUCUUAUCGCAUUACAGCCUUCUCCUUCUCUCUUCGUUCCCGACUCUCAAGCAGAUUCCUCUCAAGAGAGUAAUACCUCAUCCGAUUGGCGAAGGACCGAUUAUACCCGUGAUAAGCGUCUCCAGAUCCAAACGGCCCUCCUUUUCAAGAUACCUUUACCCCAAAUAAAGGAGACUCUCGAUGUUACUAACGACCAAAUCUACUAUACAAAGUACCAUCGCCUUACUCCACAAAAAACGAGAGCAGGGAGGCAUGCAAAGCUCCAUAUUCCUGAGAAAAUACAGCUUAAGGAGUGGUUACUUUCCUCUCCUUCUCACCGUCACGUGGCAUACUCAAAGAUUCCACACUUCCUUCCUCAAUUAGGGGGUAAGCAGGCUAUUCGCACAGCUAUCGAUGGAAUUAAUUACUGUCGUCGUAUAUCGCGAAAGAAGGGGUUCUCAGAUGAUCCUAAAGUCUGUCAGGAGAGGCUAGACUUAGCAGAGGAUGGGAGUACAUGGCCACGCUUACGCGUAUAGCAGGUUUGCUUUACGGACGAGGUAUGGGCAUUUGGUAGAGCUUAUACGAAUUCGUAUAUUACCUGCUUAAAGGAUGGAAGCGAUCGCUUACUUCCUGAGUGUAUGAGGCACAAGUACUCCAA